AUGGAGAGAGCCAGCCCUGCUUGCUGGAGCCAGCCCGGUGGGACAGCAUAUAAUGGGAGUUGGCAUCACAGGCCGCUGAGGCAUGAGGACAGUCACUACAACUGGACCAACUGUGAAGCCAGGCACUUGAGUAAAGUCCCUGUCACACUGCUCAUCUGCCUCUCCGGGCUGGUGGGGAACGGGGCCGUCCUCCAGUUCCUCAGCUCCCGCGUCUGCAGGAAUCCCAUCACUGUCUACGCCCUAAGCCUGGCCGUCGCCAACUUCACCUUCCUCCUCUCCAUCGCCAUUGCCCUUGUGAUAUUUUACGGCCCAGAGAGCCUUUGUCACAGGCUGGGCUCACAGGACGUGACAACUGUGUUGAACAUCACCAUCCUCUUCACUUUCACUGCCAGUUUCUACCUCCUGACAGCCUCCAGUGCCAUGACGUCUCUGUCUGUCUUCCCCUCGGCCCGCUGCCUCUGCCACCGCUCCCGGCGCUUGCCAGUGCUCCUGUGUGCCCUGCUCUGGGCCCUCUCCUUCCUGCUCACCAUGACCCUCUACUUCUGCCCUGCGGCACUCAUUGCCUUCGUCUUGAGCUACCUCUUAUCAGUGCUUAUCCUGAUUUUUUCUGGUCUAGCCCUGCUUGCCAGGGUCUUGUGCUGUUCAUGGCAACAUCCCCCAAGGAAGCUGUGUGUUGUGGUACUGCUAGCUGUCUUCUUCUUCCCCUUCUUCACUGCUGACUUUGGUUACUGGCUCUUGCUAAGACUCUUCGAUUUUUCUGUUUUUGUCUUUGAUGCCUCUCUCCCGUUCGCCUGUGUGAACAGCAGUAUCAACCCUGUUAUUUACUUCUUGGCUGGUAGCUGUCCAAAGAAGUUCACACUCUCUGUUAGGGUUGCUUUCCAGAGGGCUUUCGAAGAUGUAACAGAGCCCCAAAACAGAGACGAAACUCCCAGAGAAAACACAGUGGAAACAGCUGUUUAA